AUGAAACUAAGUGGUGCUCAAGCAAAGUCUAUUAACACAGCCGAGGCUGGCACAGCCGGGGCUAUUAACACAGCCGGGGCUAUUAACACAGCCGGGGCUAUUAACACAGCCGGGGCUGGCACAGCCGAGGCUGGCACAGCCGGGGCUAUUAACACAGCCGGGGCUAUUAACACAGCCGGGGCUAUUAACACAGCCGGGGCUGGCACAGCCGAGGCUGGCACAGCCGGGGCUAUUAACACAGCCGAGGCUGGCACAGCCGGGGCUAUUAACACAGCCGGGGCUAUUAACACAGCCGGGGCUAUUAACACAGCCGGGGCUAUUAACACAGCCGGGGCUAUUAACACAGCCGGGGCUAUUAACACAGCCGGGGCUAUUAACACAGCCGGGGCUAUUAACACAGCCGAGGCUGGCACAGCCGGGGCUAUUAACACAGCCGGGGCUAUUAACACAGCCGGGGCUGGCACAGCCGAGGCUGGCACAGCCGGGGCUAUUAACACAGCCGAGGCUGGCACAGCCGGGGCUAUUAACACAGCCGGGGCUAUUAACACAGCCGGGGCUAUUAACACAGCCGGGGCUAUUAACACAGCCGGGGCUAUUAACACAGCCGAGGCUGGCACAGCCGGGGCUAUUAACACAGCCGGGGCUAUUAACACAGCCGGGGCUAUUAACACAGCCGGGGCUGGCACAGCCGGGGCUAUUAACACAGCCGGGGCUAUUAACACAGCCGAGGCUGGCACAGCCGGGGCUAUUAACACAGCCGGGGCUAUUAACACAGCCGGGGCUAUUAACACAGCCGGGGCUAUUAACACAGCCGGGGCUAUUAACACAGCCGGGGCUAUUAACACAGCCGGGGCUAUUAAAGCACUCACAGAUACCCCCUUACCAAUUAGCAUACGUUGA